AUGGAAAUUUUAUUUUGCAAUCAUCAGAAUACAUAUAACUUGGAUUUAGCAAACAUAAAAAGAAAUUGGAAAGGAGAAAAAAUCGUGAUGAAGCAAGCAGUAUCAGCUAGAAUUAAAGGCGAUAAAUCGGCAUUCUACGAAUGUGGGUUUAUAGGGACACAAGAUUCACUAUGGGAUGAAAAAGGUCGUCAUUAUUUCAGCAAUUGUUACAUUGAAGGUGCUGUCGAUUUCAUUUUUGGCACAGCUCAAUCUAUUUAUCAGAGUUGUCAGAUAUCAGUAAACCUAGAAAGAUUUGGCGGAAGGCUACAAGGAUGUAUAACAGCACAAAAGAAAGAAUGGGCGGACCAUGCAAGCGGGUUCGUGUUCAAAAAUUGUGCAGUAACAGGAACUGGUAAAGCCUUACUUGGAAGAGCUUGGGGACCUUAUUCUACUGUCAUUUUUUAUGAUUCUACAAUGUCUGAUGUUAUUCUCCCUCAAGGUUGGGACGCUUGGACUUAUGUUCACCACGAAAAGAAUUUUCUGUAUGCAGAGAGUAAUAACAAAGGAGCUGGAGCAGACGUUUCGAAACGGGUUCCUUGGGAAAAGAAAUUGAAUGCUAAUCAGCUUAAAAAGUUUUUGGAUAUGUCUUUUAUUGAUCCUGAGGGAUGGCUUGCCAAAAUGCCCUAUAAACUCCUAUAUGCUACUACAUGUAAAGCUUUAAAUUGUCAAUUACAUGAAUCUAAAAGAGUUGCUUAUACAAUUUCUGUUCAUAAGUCAGGCAAAGCAAAUUUUACUACAAUUCAAUCUGCAAUUGAUUCAAUUCCUGACGGGAAUACUCGAUGGAUUCGUAUCCAAAUUUCUCCGGAAACGUAUAGAGAAAAAGUUAUAAUUCCCGAGAGCAAGCCAUGCAUUUUUCUCCGAGGUGCUGGCAGAAAGCUGACAAUUAUUGAAUGGGGAGAUCAUGAAACCACAAAUUCUAGCGCAACUUUCACUUCGUAUUCUGAUAACAUAAUAGCAAGAGGGAUUGCAUUCAAGAAUACAUAUAAUUUAGUAGAAAAGCCGAAUAGGCGUGACUGGAAACAAGCCGUGGCAGCAAGAAUACGGGGAGAUAAAUCAGCAUUUUAUCACUGUGCAUUUCAAGGUGUACAAGAUACGUUAUGGGACCAAAAAGGCCGUCAUUUAUUCAAAAAAUGUUACAUUGAGGGUUCCGUUGAUUUCAUUUUCGGCAAAGCCAAAUCUAUCUACGAGAGAUGUUUAAUAUAUGUGAACAUAGGAAGAUACGAGCCCGAAUUGAAAGGAUAUAUAACAGCACAAAAGAAAGAAUUGGCAGAACAUGAGAGUGGAUUUGUGUUCAAAAAUUCAGAAAUUAGAGGAAUUGGUAAGGCUUAUCUUGGAAGAGCAUGGGGACCUUAUUCUACUGUAAUUGUACAUAACACAACUCUAUCUGAUGUUGUUCUGCCUCAAGGUUGGAAUGCCUGGGAUUACGUUCGCCACGAAGGAAAUUUUAUGUAUGUGGAGGCUGAUAAUAGAGGAGCAGGAGCAGACACUUCAAGUCGUGUACCUUGGAUGAAGAAACUGAAUGCUAAUGAGCUCAACAAAUUUGUGGAUAUUUCUUACAUUGAUUCAGAUGGAUGGCUAACCAAUUUACCUAAUACCUCCUAGGAAUUUGACUUUUUCGAAAAGAUCGUGACUCUCUAAAUAUGUAAUCCGUGUCUAAUUUUUAUUUUUAAAAAAUUCAUUUUUUUAAUAUUUUUAC